CUUCCCUCCGUGUAGUUUUACCUCCAAGAUCAGAGCAGGCGCGGGUCGCGGAGGGCAAGAGGCGCAGCAGCGAUGGACUGAGAGCCGAAAACCCCGCACAGCUGGACGGCUUAACCGACACUUCCCUGCUCCGACAUCUCCGAUUCUUCUUCAGGCGGUUUCUGGGAGAUAUUUACACAACCAAAAGAGGACUGCGAAGCCCAGGUCCUGCCCUCAUCCUCUUCCCUGUGCAAUGCCGAAGAGUGCCAUGUGGCCAGGCGGCGUUGCCAUGGAAUCCUUGAGCAAUAUGGACAGUGCCGGGAGCUGCGACAGCGUUAUCAGCAUGAACUCUGGCUCUAGUGAAGAUAGUAUGGAGCACUUAUCUGCGGAAGAGAGAGCCUGUCUCAUGUAUCUGGAGGAAACAAUUGAAGCGCUGGAGGUGCAGGAGGACAGCGGCUUGUCCAACGACGAAUCAGAUGCUGUGUUACAGGCAGGAAAGAUGAGAGUAAAUGACAUUUCCACUUUCAAGUCCGAUGAGUCCGCAAAAGACCAGACAUCUGACGAAGCCGAGCAUCCAAAUGAAACCUCAGAACCACAGUCCUCUCUGGCCUCUGCAGCCAACACGAAGGAUCUCGAAACGCCAGUGGACCUCAUGACUCAACCUGAACCUACAGUCACUGAAUCAGUCGCCGGUUGUGAAAUCCACCCACCAGCCUCUCAGCCUGAGGUGCUGUGUUUAUCCAAGGAUGGGGAUGGUAAUCUAAAGAUUGUCCCAGUUACAAGUCAGUCUCCCAAGGCCUCUGAGAUAGAUCUGAGUCUGAUCCCUCCUCCCUCAGACUUCAGGGAUGACCCGGGACCUCCUCCACAGCCAGAGAAAGCAAAAGACCCCCUUCCAUCUGCAGGAGUGUCCAUAAACAAGCCCGGAGCAACGAUUGACUUGGAGCAGCUACGCCAGAGAGCCUCUGCGAGGACAACUUCAGUGAGCUCCCCUGUGACCCAGGAGCCUACAGACAAGCUCCCAGAACUGAGUCCAUUAGCUGUCAGCCCUUGUCCCGAGUUGAGUCCUCUUCCUGAAGCGGUUGAGCCCAGAAGCCCACCUGCUGUGGCCCCGAAGCCCAAGAAGCUUCCUGCCAACAUUAUUCUGAAGUCACACAAGACAGCAGUGGCUGAUGGCAACUCGGGACAUUCAGUGCCCACUAGCACUGAUCGGGUGUUGCUGGACCCCCAGAGGGUCCGCAUGGAGGCCCUUAGAAAGCUUGGCCUGCUUAAAAGUGAUGAGGUUGAUUCAGGCCCUGUCCUGAGCCCGAAACAUUCUCCCAAAACCAGAAGGUCAUGGGCAGCUCCUUCUUCUCCAAUCAGCCCCGCAGCUCCACACACACCACCCACGACACCAUCUUACACCCGUGUCAACAGUCCGUCUCCUGCCUCCGUCCCUCCCCAGGCUGUGUCAUCAUCAGGUCCUUCCCAAGGUCCUGCAGUCCAGCCUCCUGUUAUUGUCCCAGCACCUGCUGCCUUCAGUGACCCCGACGGGCCGAUGCUAACAGAUAAUGAACUGUCUGCUGUCAAAGAUGUGUCAGGGGCCACAAUUAAUCCACAGGUGAAUACGCCUCCCCUAACCCCUCCUGCCCUGGGCAAACAGCUAACCCCACCCAAAGGUGUCAAAUCAGCCACCCUGGAGCGCUCUGGUCUGGGUCUAAGCAGCUACAUGGCUUCCACUGAGGCUGACCUGGGCAUCAGUGCCAAGCAGAGCCCCAGCCAUCUGCGCAACAACCGUCCACGCCCCGCAUCUCUGGGGAGUGGGAAAGAGUUUUCAAGUGCUCAGGCAGAGGGUUCGCAGGUGGCCCAUGCCGCCAGCAAAGAGCCGGACUCACGGAGGUCCCUGGCUGCCCCUCAGCACUCCGGAGACUCUCAGAAGCUGCCGCGAUCGCAAGGCAUCAGUGUGCUGAUCUGCCCUCGUGCAGAGAACGGAGAUGGCCGCCGCGAGGCUCUGAGGAGGCUGGGGCUGCUCAGGGACUGAGGCAACGACAGCAAAUCUUCCACCUCGGCCGACUGCCAGGGACCCCCUUCAGAUCCUGCAUUUACAGGAACGUACCAGAGAUUGAUUCAUGGUUAAUGAAGACAUUACAAAACUUUUGGAAAGCAGCUUAACAUUAUCUUUUCCUGCAUUAAGCUAUUAUAACCAGAGUGCCUGACAUGACUUGAAUACAUUGACUGUCAUGCCCACACUUGCUUCUACUUGCUACUCAUAUUGUUUCACGAUUUUUAUUUCUCAGAAAACUGACGGGAAAUCAAGAACUUUUUGGAUAUCCACUGACUCUCUCCCUGUAGCUGUGGUUUUUGUAAAUUAAAUACUCUUACUUUUAAGAGGCCAUGAUACGUCAUUUUGUCAUUUUAAUAUGUUGGUCUGCAGGUACGAAACCUUUGUACAUCCCUGUCUGCUUUCAGUUAGGGAGUUAUCCUGUGUUACAUCGGCACUGUUAGGUUGGUUCCCCUCUUUGUUCUCCUUUUUAGAUACUUUUAAAGGUCGCUGUUGUCAGUACUUUCACUUCCUAAAACCAGUUGGAAUUUUGUUGACCACAGGAACUGUUUUUUAGCAAGCACUGGCAAGUAUUCAAAUUUUUGUGCACUUGACACAAACCGCACUAAACAUAUUUUGGUCUGUGCAGUGCGUCACAGCCACAGGUUCAUCAUAAUUGGAGGGUGUACAUAUGCAUACAGUAUGUCCUGCGUUGCUAGAACAUACCUUUCUUUAACUCAAAGCACAUAGCCAGCGGCCAUUUGGCGAGAAGAAUCUGAAACAUGUAGUUUGCAUGGUUGUGUAGUGACGCACAUGUCAAAACUCACAAGAUGUUUGCACAGCAGCUGUGUGUAGGUCUGGCAGUUGUACACAAGCUGAUCGAACAACUUUUAUAACAAGCAUUAUGGAGUUGUUUGAUCAGACACUGUCCCUACGUUGCCAACGAGUCAUGCAUUUGAAAUAUGUGAUUUGUCUUUGUCUGGUGGUUUGUGAAAUGUAAGCCCUCCCCCAUUAUGUCACGUCAAAUCACAAAUUGACGCACCGGAGUUCUGGCUCAGCUUCAGCACCUUUAUCUGAUGUGAUGGCGAGAGAACUUGCGCAACCUGUUUUCUCACCUCCUGGCUUUGCCUUCAUGCAACCUUUGCUGCACAUUUACAAGCAGACCGUGUGUCUGAAAAACAUUUUAUCAGUGCUGCAGGCUUUUAGAGACGAAUAGAUUUGCUCUUUUCCGUAAUUUGUGUAUAAGGUCACCUACUGCUGUGAAAAUUAAGCUCAAUUUGAAAGAUAUUUCUGUGAAUAGGUAUAAGCACCGGGUUGCUGUGCAAUAGAGUUUGUGGAGAACACAGCAGGAGUGUUUGAAUCAACUCAUUUUAUCAUUUUUGGACUAGAAAAUGACUUUCUCUGCAAUGUUGGAAGCCUGCCACAUCUACAAGUUACCAGUAUUUUUUUGGGCGUGUCCAAACCUAAAAUCAUUUAAUUAGUCAAUCUUAUCUUUUAUUGGGCAAUUACAUGUACACAUACAGUGGGUGUGUCGUCUCUGAAUGACUGCAUCAAGUGCCACUUCAUCAGUCAGUGUUAUGACUAAACCCUAACCUGUUCUGCAGUUUUUUUUUAGCCUUCUUGAUCACACCCAGGAUUUCUUAGCAUGCAUUUUAAUCCGUUGUCUAGUUUGCAAUGUCUAUAAACAGAAUAUUUUCAUAUGUUUAUAUGUACUUUAUAUUUUGACACAUUUUUCCUGAGGAAGUAAACUUCUGAUCAGUAUCUGUCGGAGGAGGGGAAUUUUAACGAACGCCAAGUGAAAGAGCAUUUGAAUAUCUUGUUUUGAAUAUUUUAGAGCAGAUGCACAUAGUUGAAAUAAAGAUGAAUUAGACACUGUUCAUUGUACUUUCAAGACACAGAAAGGUAGUAGAUCGAAGGUAAAUAUAUCGCCAGUGUGUUGCAUUAUUAUUAGUUUAGCUUACAGCGAACAUCCUGUUUUACUGUGAAGCCGAAGGGGAAGCAGUUGCGUGCUGUCCAAACCAACACAGGCUGCUUUGUGCUGCACUUUGACAUGUUGGUAUGUGAACUAUCUUUCCUUCCCACCUGCUGUGUGUGUUGUCCCGCUGCCAGCAGAGCUAACUGACGAGGCCUCAGUGACAGUUCUGUCACUUUCACUGUUGGCAUCAACGCAGAUCAGCUGCUUUGAAUAACAGACCUUAUCAGUCUGCAUACCUUCCCCAGUUUCUUGCAUUCUCAGUUUGAAGAAGUUACAAAGACCUAAGAUUGAAUCUGAGAUGAAGGAACAGACUUCACGACUCUACCCUUAUGACAAUCAUAUUGCAACAAUAUUCUAAAAUACAUUUAUGUCUCACUGUUUGUGUUUAGGUGUCUAAAUGCCAGUGUAUGGUAUAUUUAGAAUAUUUUAACGCUUAACCUUCCCAUCAGACUUUACUUUCUGACAAGAACUGAAGGCAUUAGUUGUCUCUCCAAAGCCACAAUCAAAACCAGACUCCUUAAACAAAAGAAGUAAUUUUACUUUGCAGAGCACAGGAGCUGCUAGUCUACAGCAACCUCGAUUGGUUAGCUUGUUGGUGUUGUUGUGUGACUUUGGUGUUUUAAAGUGUUAGGUCAGAUUCACUGAAGUCACACAAUAACACCGACAAAUUAACUGACAGAGUGACUUUGACUUCAUCUCGAAAAAUUUGAUGAGUGCUCUGCAAAAGAAGAUCAUAUGGGACAGAGAAACCAGAUGAGAAAGCUGAGAACUUUUUUCAUGCAUUGUAUGAACUUUCUGAAAACUGGGAAUUUGGGGAGAAAACUAACUAAAAUAUAAAAAGAUUCGCUUUGGGAAACAGUGAUGAAAAGUUAUCAAAGGGAAUGCAGCUUCUAAAACACCUUGAUGAAAUGACAAGUAAAUCAUGUGGAGCAACAAAUUAGUCAGCAGGGGGAGCACUCGUGCAGCAUUCAGGAGACAACAACAGUUUGGGAAACAGACACAGAACAAGGAAAUAUAACAAAAAAAAGGGAUUAAAUCAAAAUAGAGCUGGAGAAAUAAAGCACAGGACAGUACAGGAUGUAGAAAGACACAACAUAUGGAGAAGUCCGGCUGCCCUGCACAAGCCUCGGUAUGCAGGCGAUGCAACAAAGAGGGACACUGGGAACGCAUGCACCAAUCAAAAGUAGUCAUGUAGGUCUGAGAUGAAACAAAUGAAUAGGGAUCAUUUCACCUUGCGGCCAUUGGGUCUGAAAGAAGCCCAGAAGAUGAACAGUAACUUCUGAGUUUGGUUAAAUAUCUUCCUACUUUAAGAUUGAAACAGGGGCUGAUGCAACAGUAAUAAACCAGUUUGCAUUCAAAGCACUGAGGCAGAGACAGGUUCUAAAUAAACCAGACAUUCCUAUUAUUAGCCCAGGCAGCCACUUCAAAUGUUGAGACUUUUUCAACCUUUAGCUGAAAUAAGUAAGAUCAUGGCAUAUUAACGAGUGAGCAGAACCCUGUGCAGUCACAACAGCUCCCAGAGUGCCAUUACUCACAAUGGCCAAUGUUAAGGAGGAAUUUAGCAGGAUGCAGACCUUCAGAAUGAUCAAAAAAGUCACCCACCCACCCGAUUUGGUGCAGUCCAAUGGUGACAGCAGUGAACUUGAAAGUCAGGCACGACCGGCACCACUGGGGGAACAGUGUGCAGCUGUGUAGACAAGAACAAAGUGAAUGAGCAGGUGCAAAAAGAAAGACAUCCACCUCUUAGGAAGUCUUAGCAAAAUGAGCAGGAGCCAAAGUCUUCUCCUCCCCUUGAUUAACGCCAAAGUCACGGACACUGUACCAGUAAGCCAAAGAUUGCUACUCAGGCUGAUGAGGAUCAUCAAUACUAAGACACUAAGCAAAAUCAAUGAGCCGGCCUUUUAUUGCAACUGAAGAGAUGGGGCAUGGGACCUUCCUGUCCUACAGCCAGGCAGAAGGGUCCUGGUUAAACUUGACUCUGGGAAACUGUAGACUACUCCAUCGUUGGUGCAGCAGGAGAGCACCACCUAGCAAUCAUAUGUGGUCCUUCCCCAGUAGCUGGGAAAAGCAAAGGAACUGCAGACAUCUACAGGCCCUCCCUCAAGAGACUGAUUUAUGCAAGUCUGCAAGAACUAAGAUUUAGCCAAGCCCUGAAUGUUAGCAAACUCUGAACUCACCAUAUCAGCUAAAACAGACUCCCAAAGGGCUGACACACUCUGUAGAGGCUGCAUUGAAUGUGUUUUCUAUAGUUGCAGUAGGUUGAAAACCAAAAAGGAAUUGUUAAAACCUAAUGUCCAAGUUAACUGGUUAACAUGCAGAAAGAGCCAUUCGACAGAAUAGUGUUCAGGGGAGGAAAAAAAGGGGGAAGGUGUUUAGGGUGUAUAGUGCUUACUUAUAAUGCAGCGGUAUGCUGUGUAUCCGGGGUUGACAGGAGCACGUGCAUCUGGGCAGAGUCCCGGGAUUGGCUGAUUUUGAGGAAGUAAAGAAAGACUCCACAUGUUGAAUACUAGCUCACCUCAUGUUCUGCACACUUACUUCAUAAAUGGGGUUAAGUGAAACACAGCGGACCUCGUUAUGUGACAGGCGGGAAGUUAGUUAUUGGAGCAGAGGUUGGAGCAGCAGCAGUGGAUCUGACACACAUGUUAUGGAAGCAAUUAAGGUAAAAACCCAUGGCGCCAUAUUGUUACAAUUAGCGGCAAAAUUGCCACUCUUGUCAGAGUCAUAACUCACUCAAACCUGAACACACAGACAUGAUACGGCUAUGUUUUGAAUCAAUGUGACUUACACUUUCUGUGGACGCCAUCACCAAUAAAUGUCCAUAAAUCCGUGCAGAAAACAUGGAACAUGCUCGAUAAAACUCCAGAACUUGCCUGAGAAAUAUCACGUUUUCAAGUUUUCUUCAGUAUCAAAGUAACCCAGUGAUAGUUUUCUGUAUAUCAAUGGAUACGUGACAAACAGGAACUGCUUAUGUCUAAUUCGGCAUAGUUUUAGUGGUGCCAGUUGGCCAAAAUAUAAACAAAUGUAGCAUUACAUUUAAAUAAAUGGGCCUCAAGCUGUAGCCGAUUGCGAACCAUAGCUAAAUAACUGACUGACUCCAUGGCAACGGUAUAUUUCCGUAGAGAUGACUAUCCCCCCAAAUUGAAGAAAGACAAUAAUUAUGAUAAUUAUUAUUAUAAUAAUAGGAGUUCCAAUAUCCAUUUAUGUGAACCUUUUCAGUGUUUCAUUGUCAGUAUUUUUGACAAUACUAAGACUCAGAAAGUCCCAUCAACAUGGUUCUAUUCCUGAAACACUCACACUGUCCUCUAUCCAUUCAUAUACAGAUAUACUACACACCCUGUGUUAAAAAAAAAAAAAAAAAAAAAACCUGUGGGAUGGGGGUGCCCACA